GUCCCCAUACCUCUUCCGUGGUCGCAGCAGGACAGGUGGAGGAGGAGACAGGUCUCACACAGUUGACUGAGGGCUGCUGGGCCACCCUAAAAGAAGCAGAGGUCCUGGUAUCGUGACCUCUCUUGGGUACCUUGUUAUCCUAACCAUCUCUGCUGAGUUCUUGGCCAGACACAGUUGCAUUUCUGUGGAGGCCUGGGAAGAUGCUGCCUUUGGAGAGGGCACUGGCCUCCCCAAGAAGCUCCCCACCUCACCCAGAACCACCUACUGUGCGGCCAGAAGAUAGAUCCCAACAGGAAGUGCCUGGUCAGCAGGAGGAAUCCAACCAGGGGGAAGUAAUCAUUAAGCAACAAGAACCUAGCCGGCAGGAGGAACUCAGGAGGCAGGAGGAACCCAUCCAGGAAGAACCCAUCCAGUUGCUGGAACCUAGUCAGAGGGAUGAGCCCAACCAGGGAGAAGAGUCCAGUCAGCAGGAUAAUCCUCUCAAUCAGAGGGAAGACCUCAGUGGACAACAAGAACCCAGUCAGUGGGGUGAUCCUAGUCAGGAGGAAGAACCCAGCCAGUGGGAAGGACCUGGCCAGAAGGAUGUGCCUAUGCAGCAAGAAGAACCUAUGCAGCAGGAUGAGCCUCACCAGUGGGAAGAACUCAUGCAGCAAGAUGAACCUAUGCAGCAGGAGGAGCCCAUGCAGCAGGAUAAACCCAUCCAACAAGAUCCAGUUGAGCAGGAUAAGUCCACCCCACAGGAAGAACUCAUCCAGCAGGAGGAACUUACCCAACAGGAAGAACUCAUUGAGCAAAAGCCAAUUCAGCAGGAUAAACCUAUCCAACAGGAAGAACUCAUCCAGCAGGAGGAAUUUAUUCAGCAGGAUAAGUCUGUCCAAAGGGAAGAACUCAUCCACCAGGAGGAGCCUAUCCAACAGGAAGCAUUCAUUCAAGAUGCUUCUAUCCAACAGGAACUCAUCCAGCAGGAGGAGUCCACUCAGCAGGAUAAGUCCAUCCAAAAGGAAGAAUUCAUUCAGCUAGAGAAGCCCAUCCAGCAGGUAGGGCUCAGCAAACAGAAGGAAACCAGCCAACAGAAAGAGCCUAGCCAGAAGGAUCAACCCAGCCAACAGGAAGAACUCAGCCAACAGGAAGAACUCAGCCAACAGGAAGAACUCAGCCAGCAGGAAGAACCCAGCCAGCAGGAAGAACUCAGCCAGCAGGAAGAACUCAGCCAGCAGGAAGAACUCAGCCAGCAGGAAGAACCCAACCAACAGAAAGAACCCAGCCAACAGGAAGAACCCAACAAACAGAAAGAACUCUGCCAACAGGAAGAACCCAACAAACAGAAAGAACUCAGCCAACAGGAAGAACCUAGCCAGCAGGAAGAACCCAGCCAACAGAAAGAACUCAGCCAGCAGGAAGAACCCAACAAACAGAAAGAACUCUGCCAACAGGAAGAACCCAACAAACAGAAAGAACUCUGCCAACAGGAAGAACCCAACAAACAGAAAGAACUCAGCCAACAGGAAGAAUCCAUACAAAAGAAAGAACCCAGGCAACAGGAAGAGCCUAGCCAAAAGGAUCAAUCUAACCAACAGGAGGAAUCCAGCCAACAGGAAAAGCCUACCCAGCAGAAGGAAACAGAAACCAGCACUGAAAGAUCUGCUGCUGACCUUGAGUUUUCCCGCCUGCGCUUUAGGGAGUUUGUCUACCAGGAGGCAGCUGGACCUCACCAGACUCUGGCCCAGCUUCAUGAGCUGUGCCGCCAGUGGCUGCGGCCCGAGGCCUGCUCCAAAGAGCAGAUCCUGGAGCUGCUGGUUCUGGAGCAGUUUCUGGGCAUCUUGCCAGACAGGGUUCGUCCCUGGGUGGUAGCCCAGUAUCCUGAGAACUGCGAGAAGGCUGCCUCCCUGGUGGAGGGUCUCUCUGACAUCCUGGAGGAGCCAGGAAUGAUGUUGUGUUCCCCGGGUGGGUCAUCAUCUUCAUUCAGCGAGGGAGACUAUGAGAGGUGUCCUGAGCCCCUGCUGCUACCACGUGGGUUGUUGGGUCCCAGCAGAGACCUAAGACCUAGGGACAUCCUUGUACGCCGUGAUACGUCUCCCCUUCUUCCAGCCUGGCCCACUCUGGAAUCUGUACAUCUCGAUGAAAAGCAUUUAGAGGGAGAAAAGAAUGAAGAGGCCAACUCUGUCACAGCUGAGCCAAAGGAGCCUCUACAGUCAGGAUGGGACAACCUGGACCCCACAGAAGAUAACCUGACCAGUUACAGCAAGUUGCUCCUGUCGGGGUGUCAGUUUUUCCAGGCUGGCCCAUCCUCCAUGCUGGAGACAGAACCAGAGGAACCUUGUGUGGCAGAAGAACUACCAGGAGGCAGCCUCCCAGGUGAGGACAGUACGGGGCAGCAGGAAAGCAAAGGAACUAUGUGUGAGGAAGUCUCCAUGGGGGAGACACUGAUGGAGAGGCUUUCAGGGGAUGUUCCUGUUAGUCCUUCGAUAGACACUGCCCAGGAGGAACAGCAACCUCAGAAGGCUCUGGAUGCUGAGGAUGAGGAUUCAAGUCCUGCCAGUCCCCAGAGGCAGUCAGUCAUCCGGCAGUCAGCCCAGGACAAGGCUACUCCACAUAAAGGCACUGGGACAAAGAGGCCUCAUCCAGAUGAUGAGGACGAAGAGGACCCUGAGUGUCCUUCCAGCACCAGCAGCUACAAGCAGUCAUUUGAUGCAGGGAAGGGGCUCCAUGUGGGUGGCCGUGAUUCUGGGCAGGACCCGGGAACUUCUGCUGUGCAAUGCCCUGCAGCUUAUGAGUUUCAUGCAUCCCAAGGGAAGCCCUAUACAUGUAGUGAAUGUGGUGAGGCCUUUGCAUGGAUCUCGAACCUUAUGGAACAUCACAAGAGCCACAGCACUGAGACAUGCUAUGUGAGCCAGGACUGCUAGGACCCCUUCCAGUUCAGCUUGGCUGUGGUCAAGCACCGUAAGAGUUACAUACAAAAAAAGAAAAGCCACGCCCAGAGCCCAUCUCUGCCACAAGCAAAGCCACUGGUGAGAGGAUUGACAGCUCCUAGCGGGUGGGUAGUUUUCCCUGUACAGCCUGAGGUGUAAGAUGAGCGACUGCUAUGAGUAUCCCGUGACAUGACAGUUGUAGUAUGAGUGUUCUUAAGGCACAUGUGUGGUGGUGGCUUCCUGUGGUAUCCAUGGACACAUCUGUGUUACUUUCUGGAUGCUAAUGUGCUGAAAGCAACUGGAAAUGGGUGUGGCCCACAGGAAGCCCUCAUCUUAGAAACAUACUUUGGGCUAAUGUCCUAUCCUGUAAGCCAUCAGCUGUGAGGAAAAACUCCAUUUCUGCAGUGUUUUAAUACCACACAUACUCUGGUCAUUUGACAUUGUACAAAGUGUUACGUUGCCUUAAAGUAUGUGAUGUUUUCUUGAGCCUUCCUUGCCUCAGUUGCUUCUCCUUGAGCUCCCUGUCUGUUCACACAUCUAUUUGGCCUUUUUGUAAAUAUGAAUGUCAGGUUUACUUCUGAAUCCUCAAGAGUAAAAAUUGUUUCUGAGUUCAAGUUACAUGUAUUUUAAUAUAUGGAGUUGCUUGCAAAGAUCACACACACACACAAAAAAAUGCUGAUUUCAGACUGUGUGUUUCAGCCCACUAGUGAAAUUGUGAAGUCCAGUUAGUGGAUGACCACUGGCAUUAUGAAGCAAUGAAGUAGAAUAAAGUAAGUCAGAAUGCAUCAUGCAGUAAAGGCAAAUAUUGUUUCGUGAAACUUCUCAGCUGUGUAUCAUAUGAGAGCUGGCUACCAUGUUAAAUGUAUUUAUUAGGGGGUAUGAUCAAAACAGGUUUAAAAAUACUAACAAAGGUUGAAGAAAUGAUCUGUAUCUGAACUAAGAACCAAAUGUGGCCUACAUAGGUGAUCUUGAGGUUUUGCUUUAACUUCAGAUUACAGCAUUGUUUCUGUUGCCUUACUAUAAAUUUAAUUGCCAUGCAGAUAUAGAAAGGUAUCUCUGUCAGUGUUUGAGGAGGCAAUUUGUGUAACCCCCAAAUCAGAGGCUUACCAUAAUAAAGUAUUUAUUUCUUCAUUCA